AUGGAUUCUAGUGCAGUAAAUGACCCUGAGAAAUUAAUAGAUGAUAGUGACUUAAGAUUUAAGAACAAAUAUGAAGUGUAGUUUUUACUAACACAGACAUGUGAAACUGGAAUUAAACAGACUAUGGUUUCAUUUGAUGAUUUUGAAAACCCCUCAUUUUAAGAUAGCAUAUUGUCUCUGCAAGUCUUUAGCAUUAAACUCAAUUCAGGAGAGAUUUGCCUUAAGCCAAUAGAUGAAGAACUUAAACAAUAAGCAUUGCUCUCGGAUUAGAUAUCAACUAACAUUACUUUUCCUCCAAUUAAACUCAAACUCUAGCAAAUAUUGUUAACAUAGGACAAAACCAGCUCCCAGAAAACUGGAAGCAGUAAACUCAACUCACAGUUCUCCUCCAAUUCCUAGCAAAAUACCUCCAGACUGCAAAUAUAGCAGAAGCCUAUUCCUCAAAAGCAAUAGAAAAGUUAGAGACCAGUAUUUAAGAAAGCAGCAGCUGUAAUGAAUAACAGUAGCACUAGCGCAUCAUCAACACCUUAGAAGUAAUCAGACUCUCCUCCUUCUUCUAAUGCUGCCUUAUAGAACAGUGGUGAGUCAAUUAACCGAAUCAUACAUUAAUCAGCGAAUGCCAAUUCAAAGAAGACAACCUCUACAAUGUUCAGCUAAAACAUAUCUAGUGGGAGUAAAUUUAACAAUAGUUCAAGUAGUGGUGGAGGUGGCACUCGCAGAGGCAAUUCAAAAUUGAAGAUAAAAUAGCUCUAGCCUGCUGUAGUUGUAAAAAGCAAUCAAAAAUCGAUUUCAAGUUUUACUAAAAAGAAUUGA